AUGCAUGGCCUCACGUACCCCAAAUCGGGGGAAAAACGAGGAGUAAACCCCUUCACGGGGAGUGUACAACUUCCAUCGCUUGAGACAAGUAGAAAAGGCAACACUCCACUGAUGAGAUCACAGAAAAAACAGAGAGUGGAAACAGGAGAUUCCUCACGGAGUAGUGCAUCACUUCGAGUGAAGAAAACUACAGAUAAGAUUAGUAGUAGAACUCAGGUUCCAGUAGAAACAAUUAUGGAAAUGAAUAAGGAAGCUAUGUCCUUAUUAAAAGAUGGAAAAAUGAAAGAAAGUUAUGCCAUGUUACAAUCAGCUCUAUCAGCUGCUGAAAGAGGUGUUCGUCGUUUUCAAAGACACCCACAAGAAACAAAUAGUGAUAUUCAAGGACAACGUGAAGCCUGGCUUCUUGCCUUUGCAGCUACACUAAGUAACUUGGGAUGUGUAAGACGUCGGGAUAAUCAAUUACAGGAAGCGGUACGUUAUUUACGAGAUGCCAGUAAAAUUGAAGUACAGGUAUUUGGAAAACCAUCCUGUUCAACUAUGGUAAAUCUCUCUGCGGUAUUACUUGGAAUGGGCGAAUCGGAAGAGGCGUUAACAAUUGCGCGUGAUUGUGUAGUCGCCUCCGAGCAAAGUGAUCCAAUGCUACACGUUAUUGCUCUUCAUAACUAUGGAGUGACACUCAGUAAUCACCCAACAGAAGCUAUGCGGCAAUCCGCAGCGGAUGUAUUGAUGAGAGCUCUUCAAGCAGCGGAAUCUCAUUUGGGAGAAAACCAUCCAACGACAGUUCUUAUUCGUGAAAGAUGUGGAAUGACAUUACAUAAACCUUCUCAGGAGAAAAAUGAAACAAUUCCCACUACGACAGUUCCUGUUGCCCAAGUAAGUCCAAACCUUCGUAGAACUGGACCAUUUCCACUUGCUGGACGUAUGCUACCCCCAAUUGAUCCAUCACUUAUUCAUCGAAAACAGGCCCAAGAUGCCAUUAAGACUUUAGAUUAUGGAGAAGUUCCAGUUGUUCCUCCUCCUCCUCCUCCUCCUCCACCAUCUACUUAUCUUCCUCUUCCUCCUACUAGUCACUCUUCUUCUACUACUUCUUCAGUUGCUGCUGCUGCUGUUGCUGUUCCUGUUUCUAUUGCCCCUACUCAAGCUGCAGACUCUAUUGCUAAUGGUGAUCAUGAUCAUGAUAAUGGUGGUAAUGUGGAUUCUUCUAUUUCUCCUAUAAAAAAUUCUCUUGCUGAUGGUUCUCUUACAGCUAUUUCAGCUGUUGCUUCAGAAGUCUCUGCAACUCCAGUUAAAUUGGAAGAACAUGAGUCAAUGCCAAUAUCGUCAUCAAGUUUAAAUGUAAAGAACAAUAUGAAUCCUACAAAUCCUCGCAUGUCAUCACCAUUACAAUCUAAUUCAGUUGGUUCAAUAAAAGAAGAAACACAUAAAAAUCCUCUUGAACAUUCUUUAUCUUCUGAUAUUCCUGCUCCUGUACAUUGUGAACAUGUUUCUGAAACUUCAAUAUUGUUGGCAUCUGGAUCGUUACAUGUAAAGCCAAUCAUAUCUACAUCUAUGAAUGAAGACUCUGUGGGUAGUGAUAUGAUGACAGGAGGAAAAAGGAGUAGCAGUAUUUCUAUAGAUGCCGCAGCGGAAACAGUUGCAGGAGCUGGAGUUCUUGCUAUUUGUCGUGAAAUAAGAGAAGUCGAAGAAGCAAAAGAAAAAGAAAAAGAGACUAAAAAGAAGGAAGAUACCAAAAAGGUCACAAAUGUAUCACAACAAUCAAAAAAAUCUUCUUCAUCCAAUAAAGCUAUUUUUAUGGGAUUUAUUCCAUUUGGAGAUCAAAGAAAAGGUAUGCAACCAUCAUUUUUCCGUUUUGCCCCACCUGAUAAGGAUGAUGUUCCUCCUCGUGAACCACCAGCUCCAAUCAAUGAAGCCGCUCCAAUAAACGAAUUUCCUCCAGAAAAGUCUGUAAAAGAUUAUGAUUAUUCAGAUUCUGAGGAAAAUGAAGAAGCACCAGUUGAAAAAAAAAAGGUAGAAGUAGAGGAUACAGAAGAAAAACCAACUAAUAAAAUUAGAGAAGUUCUUAUCAAGACAAUUGGAGCCAAUCCUGUUAAACGACGAGAAGAACGUAUUCAAAGAGAACGUGAAGAAGAAAAAAAUCUUCGUGCUCGUCUUCGUCAAGAAGCUGAGGAAGCGGCGAAAAAAGAAUAUUUUGAACAAACUCUUAAUAAAAUUAUUACACGUACAAGAGAUAGAGCCGCUAGAAAAAUUCAAUAUUUAUGGUUUUAUUGGUGGAACAGUAUAGGAAAACGAAGACGAGAAUUAUUACGUAAACGAGAAGAAGAUAGAGCACGAAGAGAACGUGCUCGUCAAGCUUUACUUGAUCAUGAACGUCGUGUACAAGAGGCAUUAAAAGAAAAGAAAGCUGCUAUGGAUGCUCAAGCUGCAGUAAUUGCAUCUGUAUUACGUUGUGGAAAGAAAUGGUUAUCAAAGACAGCUUGUGUACGGUAUGUGGCUCGUAGGAAAAUUCCUCGUAAUGAUCAUGAUAAUGCAUAUUUUUUAAAUAAAAUUGCUAAAAUUCAAGCAGCUUGGAGAGGUUUUUCUACUAGACGUCGUAUAAAAGAUUUGGUUAUUACCCGAAAACAAUCAUUAACUCAAUAUCAUGAAGAAGAAGUAAAAGAAUAUGCGGCUACUGUUAUUCAAUUAUUUGUUCGUCGUGUUUUUGCACGAAUGGAAAAACAACGCAGAGCUGUGGAACGAUAUACUCCUCCAACCAUUCGUAUUCAAAGAUGGUUUCGACAUAUUAUGCCUUAUAGAAGAGCACUUGGUAUGGAUCGUGUAUCCAAAUGGAGAAGAGAAUACUCUGCUCGUAUGAUUCAACGUGCAUGGCGUGAUUAUUUACAACGUCUUCAUUAUUUUAUGGAACGUCUUCGAUAUAAAUUAGAUGAAGAUAGAAGAAAAGAACGUUAUGCUGCUGAUGUGUUAAAGCGAGUGGGACGUGGAUUUAUUUCAAGAAAAUACCUUUCAAAACUUAGUGUACGAGAUAAAGAACUUCGUAAAGUUAUGUAUACUCUUGAAUGGGGAGAAACGAAGGAUGUAGAAAAAGUUCCUGAUUCCAACGCUUUAUUGCCUUCUCAAUCAGAAUACGUUCCAACACCAUUAGAAGAAGUUCUUAGAGUAGCAGAGAUAGAGAGGGAAAAGUAUCAUAUUGGAUUAUUUGUUGACCAGGUAGCCAAACGAGAACGUGAGGAAUGGAAAGAAGUACUUCGAACUCGUCCAUUUGAAGUACAAAGACGACGUGCACAAGAGGAUCAUCUCUGCGAAAUUGAACUAAAUGCCUCCAGACGAGAACGAGCGGCAAUAAAAAUUCAAACGGAAUUUCGACGAUGGCUGCGUAUUCGUGAUGAUCCAUCACGUGAUAAGACUCUACUUCUCAUUGGUCGUGGACGCUACCAACAAACAUACUAUGGACAUAAGGUAGAAAAAGUACGUCAUCUUCAUGAACAGGAAGUUGGAAAAACUUUAUAUGGUGAUCAAACAGCGCCAAUGCGGGCGGCUCGAAUGGAAGCAGAAGAGGAAUUAAAAGGAGUUCGUCCAUUUGUGCGUACAUUUGUGCCGAAGGAAGAAGUGCGAAGUCGAGAGGAGCGAUACCGUGUAGAAAGGGAACUUCGACGGGAUGAAGUAUUAGUGGAACAGAAAUUGAGUGUAGAGCCCACCGUCCAGGGACGUGAAUCAAGACUGCGGCGAGCCCUAAGGGAGCAAUCACAAUCACAGAUGAAGGAAAUUACCUAA